AGCAAAUAAAAUGAGCAAAACAAAGCAUAGCAUCCACUGUACCCAGAAAUGAAUCCUGUUUUAUCAUUAUCAAAGAUAUAUAUUAUUUUCUGAUUCCAAUAUCAGAAUUUCAUCAUCCAUUUUCAGACAUCAUGGAAAUUGCAAAUAGCAUUGUGUUAACGAAGCCAUUCACGUUAAAAAGCGAUUCUGAUUCAGAGGAAAAUUACAGUGCUCCUAAUCUUUUACAGCGUAUAUUAAGCCUUCUUAAGAAUGUGCGGCCAGGAGCUGAUCUCACACGUUUCCAGCUUCCUCCAUUAUUCAAUUUCCCAAAGUCACAACUUCAAUGCUAUGGUGAAUCAGUAUACUCCACAUCUUCAGAUUUACUAAACAAAUGCAACACUGGCCUAACUCCAAUUGAAAGACUCAUAUCUGUCAUAACAUGCAGCAUAUCAACCACGCGUCCUCCGAUAUUCGGCCUCGCUCCUUACAAUCCCGUCCUCGGCGAGACUCAUCAUGUUUCCAAGGGAAACCUCAAUGUCCUAGUAGAACACGUUGCACACCAUCCUGCUGUUUCGGCUCUCCAUGCAACCGAUCAGAAGGAAAACAUCGAAAUGAUAUGGUGUCACUAUCCUGUCGCGAAGUUUAAUGGUACUUCGGUGGAGGUUCGCGUGCACGGGAAGAGGAAACUGAAGCUUCUUAAUCAUGGAGAGACGUAUGAGAUGAAUUCUCCGAAUUUGUUUAUAAGGGUUCUUCCGGUUCCGGGAAUUGAUUGGGUUGGGAAUGUGAAUAUCAGGUGUGUGGAAACAGGUCUUGCGGCGGAGUUGUGUUAUAUAAGUCAAUCUUUCUUUGGAUUUGGUGGAAGUAGAAGAGUCAUAAAAGGGAAGAUUAUUGAUUCAUUGAAAUCUAAGAUUCUAUAUAAAGUUAAUGGACAUUGGGAUAGUACUGUAAAAUUAAAGGAUACAAAUAGCGGAGAAGAAAGAGUGAUAUAUGAUGCUAAAGAAGUCAUUUCAAGACUUCAAACUCCUACCGUUAAGGAUGCAGAGAGUGUGUGGCAAACUGAAUCAGCUCUGAUAUGGAGUAAAGUGAGCCAAGCUGUCUUAAACAAAGACUGGGAAAAAGCAAGAGAAUUAAAGAAAUUUGUGGAAGAAAAACAAAGGGAGGAAUUAAGAGAAAGAGAGUCCAAAGGAGAAACUUGGGUUCCUAAACAUUUCAUAAUGUCUCAAAGCAAAGAAGGGGAUUGGGACUGUAUACCUAUUCGAAAGUUGGUCCCACCCUCUCCUAUUGUUACAUUGUAAUAUGUCAUAGUGUUUGAAAAACUUAAAAUUUAUGAUAGAAAAUCACGGUGGAACAGAAAUUACACAUAUCAGCUUUUUAAAUCACUGUAAAAAAGAUUUUAAACGUGCGACAGCGGUGGUCCACCGUAUUACCAGUUUACUGAUUCAAGAGUACUAUAAUAUUAGUACAAUUAUAUUAAACUAUCAAAUGGAUGAGUUAUUGUAAAAGUCACCAUUAGUUAGGCCAACCAAUUUCUAUAAACUAAAGUAAAGUUGUACCCCAUGUUGGUUGG